UUGGGGAAUGUGGAUAUCGAACCUACAGUGUUAAUUUCAGCUUUUGAAAUCGAGUCCUGGCGCCAUUUCAACUCCUCCUCCUAUCACAAAUCACAAAUCACAAAUCACCAAGAGAAAAAAUCAAUAUCCCCAAAACCUAUCGUUUGAACACAAAUUACAGAACAUUGGAAUGAAAAAUUCCAUCAAAAUCUUCUGAAUUUGCAUUGGAAAAGACCCAAAACCCUAGGUUGAACAAGUCGUCUUCUUGGCUUGAAGAAACAAACAUGGAGAAUCAAAAGAAAGUGGUGUGUUCGGAGAACGAAGAGUUAGCAGUGUACAUGUGGAAUAAAAAGCAAGAAAUGGAGCAAAGCCCUAAUGGUAUUUCGGAAAAUAUCUCGAUGACUCUCCAAAAAGCAUAUACCAAUCUCUGCAAGUCCAAAACCCCGAUUAAGACUCUCAAAGAGUUCUCUGAGAUCAAGGGUGUUGGAAAAUGGUUGGUGAGGCUAAUGAAAGGGUUUUUUGAAGCUGAUGAUCACGGUGCUUCGUCGUCCGAGGAGAGUGAUGACUCCACCGAGAAAGGGAAGAAAAACAAGGGGACAAAGCGUUACAUGCCUCAGAAGAAUUCUGUGGCCUAUGCCUUACUGAUCACACUGUACAGGAGUACAACAAACGGUGAAAAAUUUAUGCAUAAGCAGGAGCUUAUUGAUGCUACUGAAGCUAGUGGCCUUUCUCGUGCACCUGUAGGACCCGAGAAAGGGAAAGGAAAACCUGGACAAUUUAACUCACCAAGGGACUGGUACAGCGGAUGGAGCUGCAUGGCAAAUUUAAUAAGCAAAGGACUUGUUGCUAAGUCGAGCUGCCCUGCAAAAUAUAUGCUGACAGAAGAAGGCAAAGAGAUUGCGCAGGAGUGUCUUUUGAGGUCAGGAAAUGCUGAAUCCAAAGAAAUAUCGGCAUCUUUGAUGGGAUUUUCGAAUUUGAAUAAAAGGGACAAGCCAGAUAAGGCGACAACUAGCAACUUAUCAAAUAUGGAAGUUCGAUAUACUACUUCAGUGAGAGAAAGGGCAGUACCAUUAUCUCAAUCAUCUGACAAUGUGAGAGAAAGGGCAGUGCCAUUAUCUCAAUCAACUGGCAAAAAGAAAAUGAAUGUCAUUCCAUCUGAAUCUCUUGACAGGUUUGUUCAAAUGGGAUUCUCCAAGGAACAAGUAAUUCAGGCUUACUCUGAAGUGUUAGAAACAUCACAGAACAAAGAUAUAUCGUUAAUCUGGCCAUCUGUUCUGUGUCGUCUUCGAGAAGAGCAAGUUUAUGGUCAAGUUGGCAGUACUAGAGUUGAAGAUAGACUAUCCGAGUCUACUUUCAAUGGAACAGCAAAUAGUGCAAAGCCUUCUUGUCGUGCUGGUUUUGCACAUUGUUCAAAUACUUUGAGAGCUUGUUCAUCCACUCUUGUUGAUGAGGAAAUACCAUGUCUGGAAACUAGAUCCAAUCUCUUGGCGGCGCCACCAUUGGUCAAUGGCGAGCAAUUUAAAGAUGUUUAUGAAGUAGUUUUGAUAUUAGAUGAUCGGGAGCAGUUUACUUCUCGAGGGUCACGAUCCAGGAAGUUAGUUGAGAACAUCAGCACACAAUUUAAAAUUAAAAUAGAUGUUUGCUUAGGUGAGACAAGCCUCCCAAGCAAUGAUCCAGGAAAAACAAGAGACCUUCAAAGGCGCUUGCCUGUUGGUGAUGCAAUCUGGAUAGCUCGUAACAAAGUUAUUGGCACUGAAUACGUUCUUGACUUUAUUGUGGAGAGGAAGAACGUUGAAGAUUUGCAAAGUUCAAUCAGGGAUAACCGAUAUAGAGAUCAGAAGCUGCGGCUUUUGAGGUGUGGACUCAAGAAGCUGAUAUAUGUCAUUGAAGGAGAUCCAAAUGCUUGUGCUGCUGCUGAAAGCAUCAAAACAGCUUGUUUCACAACCGAGAUCUUGGAGGGCUUUGAUGUGCAAAGAACAAGUGGUUUGGGAGAGACAUUGAGAAAGUAUGGCUAUCUUACUCAAGGAAUCAAUCAGUACUACAGAUGCAUGGAUAAUGAGCGGUCUAAUUCCAGGCUUUGUCCCCAGUUUAAAGAAUUUAUAAGGAAGUGUGAAGAUCUCGAUAAAAUGACAGUUAGCGAUGUGUUUGCCAUCCAACUAAUGCAGGUCCCACAGGUGACAGAGGAAGCUGCUAUUGCUGUUCUUGAUGUGUAUCCAACACUUUCAUCUCUUGCUCGUGCCUACUCUCUGCUUGACAGUGAUGUUCGUGCUCAAGAGGAAAUGCUCAAGGAGCAGAGCAACAACUUAGUGAGUUCAGCUGCUAGCAAAAACAUUUUUCAUCUGAUUUGGAGCAGCUGAUUCUAUCAUUCAAGAUAAUUGAUAAUACAUUACAGAAUUUUAAAUAUUUUUUUGUAUAUAUACGAAAAGGCCUCAUCUUCUAGCUGAUACCUUGGUUAUAUAUGUCAUUCAAGCUAGCUAUUAGUGUGAUUUGCUGGGGGAUCAGUAUCACUACUUUAUUAGUGUUGAUAAAUCAAAGUAGUCCUUAAUAUCAAGGCUUUUCUUGUUCUUACUGCAUUUGGUUUGUCUUUGUUCAUUUUUUGUUGUUGAAGAAUUUGGGUGAAUUCAAGAAUGAAAAGUUUGAUUAUUUCCUCCCAAA